AUGGCUGUUCAAGGUAUGGGUCCUUAUAAAGCACCAGGGCCUGAUGGUUUUACUCCUCUUUUCUUUCAAAACAAUUGGGAUUUGAUGAAGACUGAUUUGGUAAAGGGGUUCAACUUAUUUCUUUCAACGGGAUUUUUGACCAAGAGUCUUAACCAUACUAACAUUACCCUAAUUCCGAAAGUGAGGAAUCCUGCGAAGAUGACCCAGUUCUGGCCUAUUUCAUUAUGCAAUGUCAUUUAUAAGAUCUACUCCAAAGUUUUAGCUAAUAGGCUCAAGCCCUUGCUAUCUUCACUGAUUUCUGAAAAUCAAAGUGCCUUUGUCCCUAACAGACUUAUCCACGAUAAUGUCAUGUUGGCUCAAGAAGUACUCCAUUAUUUGAAGAAGAAGAAGAAUGGAAAAACCAGUUUUAUGGCUCUGAAAUUGGAUAUGGCUAAAGCAUACGACAAAGUUGAAUGUGAGUUCAUUCAAGGCAUAAUGGAACAUAUGGGAUUUGCGAAAGGAUGGAUUAAAGUCAUUAUGGGUUGUGUGCGAUCGGUCUCUUAUUCGAUUCUCAUUAAUGGUGAAAGUGGUGGGCUCAUUUUUCCUUCUUGGGGCUUAAGGCAGGGAGAUCCCCUCUCUCCUUUUCUUUUUUUGCUCUGUACCGAAGGUUUUUCUUUGCUGUUGAAGCAAGCAGUUGUAAGGAGGCAUACUCAUGGGAUUUGCAUUGGCCGAAGCUUGUUUUUUAGCUCUAAUGCUGAUCCAGAAUUAAAAGAGAUGAUUAGGAGCAUUCUACACAUUCAAGAGUCAGCAUGGGUAAAUAAAUAUUUGGGGUUACCGGCUGUCUUUGAGAGAUCCAAAUCAGCCUCUUUGAAGUAUCUUUCUGAGGAGCAAAAGUUCAGACACUUAAAGACGAGUUACUAUCUAAAGCCGAUUCAGAGUCAGUUUAUUAAAUUUUGGUGGAGUGGUUCAGUUGACAAAUCAAAAAUUUGCUGGCGAAGCUUGCUUGGUGUCUGGAGGUCGGUGAUUCUUCGUUAUUUGUUAGGAUAUUCAAACAAAAAUAUUUUCCUGAUGUGGACUUUCUUGAAUCACACUGCCCUAGUCGCGCAAGUUGGGUCUGGAGGAGUGUUGUGUCUGCAAAGGAAAUUAUUUCUUAAGGCUUUAGAUGGCGCAUUGCAAAUGGGGAAAAGGUUAAUUGCUGGUCUCACAAUUGGCUUCCUGAUCCUCUUAAUCCCAGAGUUACUUCCCCUCGAAAAGAAAAUUUGGGGAGCUACUCCUAAUGGUAAAUUUACAGUGAGGAGUGCUUACAGAUUGGCCAUGCAAAUGCAAUACCCACCUCCUUCAGUUUCAGAUGCUACUUCUCGAAGUUGUGAUCAUGAGUUUUCUUCUUUGUGGAAGACUAUUUGGAAACUUAAAGUCCCUCAGAAAGAUUCAUUUGUUCUUGGCAGUGUUGUCAUGAAGGACUGCCUGGUUGUUCCUACAAGGAGGGAUAAUGUGGAAGCACUCGUUGAAGAGGGUGAAAGUCCGGCGGAACUAGUAUUGAAUCGCUUGUUGCAGAGGGCCUUCAGGGCCACCAUUGUUACUCAGCCGCAGCUGAUACCACAACUGGUAGUACAAGUGGAGGAGACGCCAGCACAGAAGCGUCUCAAGAUUAUUAAAGGGUUUUCUCAGUUGAUGCCAGUAAUGUUUGAAGACGGUGUAGAUCCCAUGGUAGCGGAUGACUAUAUGAAGCAAGUUGAAACUCAAUUGACUUCUAUGGAUGUGACGGAGGAUCACUUCAAAAUCAUCCUAGCCACUUACAAGUUCACAAAGGAUGCCAAGUUUUGGUGCAAAUCGAUCACAAAUCAAUAUAAAAUUGAAGAGAUGAGUUGGGAUAGAUUCAAAGAGCUGUUCUAUGAGAAGUAUUUACAUGCCUCCAAUAGGUAG